AUGAUGAGGCUAAUUGUAUCCUCUAGACAUACCCCUUGGUGUCACAGCUAUUCUUCAAUUGCAUUGGCAUCAUUUCACAGCUCUAUAUCUACCGCGCUGAUUGAGCAAUUUAUUGAGCACAAAACCAGGCGCACCGUGGGAUCGGUCGAUUUUUUCAUUCGUCGUCUUGCUUAUCUCAGUAUUUUUGGGGAUGAACAUGGCGAAGUGGACGAUUUCUUGGGAUUCUUGCAGUACUUUGAAAAGAAUCCUGGCUACGCAGAUCAUAGGAUCCACUGUGCAAUUCCGGUAGAAAUCUUAGCCACAGUCCAUUCCAAACGAGUUGGUUCUCUUCUUUCUAAAUACCUGUCAGCUCGCUUUGAUUCAACAGUGAUGUUAGCUGAAAAAGACACACAGGCUUUUUCAACACAUUUAGAAAAGUUCUGCUCAAAGUUCCCCCAGCUUGCGACAGCGCAUUCUUCGGUCUCUUUCUCGUUUAAUUUGGCCUCUUCGUCCAAUUUCCUUCCUUCUACUUUGAGGGACGCCCAUCGCUCUCUCCCAAAGGUUCUUUUUGGCGACCAUUCAGAACUUUCAUCGAUCUUUGUCAACAUCCUCAAGGAGAAGAGCGGUCUGCUGCUAUUGAACACCAUUAUUGAUUCCGUUUUUGCAUGCAAAUUCGAUCUUGAGAGCACUUGCAAUUUUACAAUCCAAUUGUUGAAUGAACACCUGCCGGAUUCAUCCAAGCUCAAUCCAUAUAUCCCGUAUUUAGAAGAGUCUAUUUUUAAGCAUAUUCCUGACAAUAAAAAGGGGGCCUUUGCGAUGGAAAUUCAAAAGCAAUACUUGGGGGAUUCGCCGACCUUCGAUGAGGGGCGGCCUCUGGCCUUUAUAAAUCUGCUUGGCGGAACCAUGUUCCGUCUCUAUGAACGCUCCUGGCCUUAUUUUAGCAACUUGGGCAGUGGAACGGCUAGCGAGCCCUAUUAUUUCAAGCAAUUAUUAAAAGCCUAUUUGAUGUCGAAGGACUUGUUCCCAGACGCGUUUUCAAAAAAUCUUUUCAUAUGGAAAGCCCUUUUGCGAUCUUCUUCUUUUUAUUCAGAUCCAAGGUCAAGUUUCUUACUUGUGGAAUCUGUGAUUGACCAAAAUUCUUUUUGCGACGCUGGAGAGCUUUCAAUUUUCCCAGAUGCAGCUCUUUCGCUGAUUGGCUCAUUGCCUAUUUGCAGGGUUCUCUACAGGUUUCUUCAAUCCAUCGAAGGCCUCGGGCAAUGUGGUAGUGAUACCCUCAAGUUUGUGCAAUUCACCUUAGAUCUGUACCAUGUAUUUGUCGAAGCGUACAAAAAACUUCCGUUUACAAAAUCUGUGUUCAUUAACACCCUAUAUAUUGACCAAUCCUUUAUUCCGCUGACCCUUAGAUUGGUUGCAAAGUUAAAUAUUGCACAAGUGGACCAAUUAUUUUCUGAAAGUCAUAGGAUAGAAUUCGUCUCCUAUCUGUUGCUAGCUGCUGCAAAGGAUUUAAAUGGGCCUCUUUUAGGAUUAUUUGUUAAUUUUUUCACUUCUCUGGGCCAUGGAAAGGUUUUGCACAAAUUUCUUUCCAUUGCGCCGGUUGGCUGCUAUUUGCAUUCGUUAAAGGAGGCGGUGGGUUUGUUCGAGAAAAACCGAAACUAUUUCCAACAAAACUCUGCUUUGAUAAAGAAUGUAUUUUUAGGGUUAGGCAAAGAAGUGCCAUUUGUUGGCAUUGAAUCGAUACAACCGCUUUCUGAUCACAUAUGUAAGCGGUUCGAUACUGUUUGCGACCUACGAAAGGCACAUGCACAGGUUAGAUCAAAAUGCUCUAUCAUAUCUUUUGUAAGAGAAAAGAUUUUGCCCAGAGAACACCGGGCUGCAUUUGACUUGAUUGCCCCUAUUUUUAAGGCGAUGGUUUGUUAUCCAUCAACUUGGCCCAUCAAUGUCGAGUCCGAAAUUGAAAAUUUCACAAUUUCUAGCAUAUGA